GAGCACGGGAUCUCCGAGGGGUCCCAGGUGCCGGGACUCCAGCAGAAGCCGCCCCCGCGGGAGAGCGGAGGCGGGGAAGUGGGCGCAGGGGGGCGUGGGCGACGGCGUCGGCUGUCAGUGCCAGCAGAGCCAGGGCGGGCACACCUACUCACCGCCCAAUCCCCGGCCGUAGCCGCGGCCUUAUGAAUAAGCAACAAAGCGAAGCGCCCUCCCCCUAGCGUCCCAGACAGCGGAGGGAGUCGCCGCCGCUGCCGCCGCUACCGCCGCCGCCGCAGGGCCCGCCGCUGGGAUGCCGAGCGCCCGCGCCGCGGCUGCCUCUGUCCUCCGCGCGCUGCUCAGCUGAAGGCGCACAGGAUUCAAUUACUGGACUUGUCAACUCUGCCAGUGUACGUGCCAUUUCUCUUCCACUAUGAGUGGACCGAUUGUAUUGCACAUUUGUAUGGCUUUCUGUAGCCUUCUGCUUUUCAACGUUGCCACACAAUGUCUGGCCUUCCCCAAAAUAGAAAGGAGGAGGGAGAUAGCACAUGUUCAUGCGGAAAAAGGGCAGUCCGAUAAGAUGAACACCGAUGACCUAGAAAAUAGCUCCGUUACCUCAAAGCAGACUCCCCAACUGGUGGUCUCUGAAGAUCCAAUGAUGGUGUCAGCAGGACCAUUGGCAACAUCAUUAAAUAAAGCAUUCUCGAUUAACAAAGAAACCCAGCCUGGACAAGCUGGGCUAACGCAGACUGAACGCCCUGGUGUUUCCACUGCUACUGAGUCAGGUGUCCCCUCAGCUGAAGAAGUAUUUGGUUCCAGCCAGCCAGAGAGAAUAUCUCCUGAAAGUGGACUUGCCAAGGCCAUAUUAACCAUUGCUAUCACUGCGACUCCUUCUCUGACUAUUGAUGAAAAGGAGGAACUCCUUACAAGCACUAACUUUCAGCCCAUUGUAGAAGAGAUCACAGAAACCACAAAAGGUUUUCUGAAGUAUAUGGAUAAUCAAUCAUUUGCAACUGAAAGUCAGGAAGGAGUUGGUUUGGGACAUUCACCUUCAUCCUAUGUGAAUACUAAGGAAAUGCUAACCACCAAUCCAAAGACUGAGAAAUUUGAAGCAGACACAGACCACAGGACAACUUCUUUUCCUGGUGCUGAGUCCACAGCAGGCACUGAGCCUGGAAGCCUCACCCCUGAUAAGGAGAAGCCUUCGCAGAUGACAGCUGAUAACACCCAGGCUGCUGCCACCAAGCAACCACUCGAAACUUCCGAGUACACCCUGAGUGUUGAGCCAGAAACUGAUAGUCUGCUGGGAGCCCCAGAAGUCACAGUGAGUGUCAGCACAGCUGUUCCAGCUGCCUCUGCCUUAAGUGAUGAGUGGGAUGACACCAAAUUAGAGAGUGUAAGCCAGAUAAGGACCCCCAAGCUUGGAGACAAUGAAGAGACUCAGGUGAGAACGGAGAUGUCUCAGACAGCACAAGUAAGCCAUGAGGGUAUGGAAGGAGGCCAGCCUUGGACAGAGGCUGCACAGGUGGCUCUGGGGCUGCCUGAAGGGGAAACACACACAGGCACAGCCCUGCUAAUAGCGCAUGAGAAUGAGAGAUCACCUGCUUUCACCGAUCAAAGUUCCUUUACCCCCACAAGUCUGAUGGAAGACGUGAAAGUUUCCAUUGUGAACUUGCUCCAAAGUACGGGAGACUUCACGGAAUCCACCAAGGAAAACGAUGCCCUGUUUUUCUUAGAAACCACUGUUUCUGUCUCUGAAUAUGAGUCUGAGGCAGACCAACUGUUGGGAAAUACAAUGAAAGGCAUCAUCACUCAAGAGAUGACAACAGCUGUUCAAGAGCCAGAUGCCACUUUAUCCAUGGUGACACAAGAGCAGGUUGUUACCCUCGAGCUUAUCAGAGACAGUGGCAAGACUGAGGAAGAAAAGGAGGACCCCUCUCCUGUGUCUGACGUUCCUGGUGUUACCCAGCUGUCAAGAAGAUGGGAGCCUCUGGCCACUACAAUUUCAACUACAGUCGUCCCUUUGUCUUUUGAAGUUGCUCCCACUGUGGAAGAACAAAUGGACACAGUCACAGGGCCAAAUGAGGAGUUCACACCAGUUCUGGGAUCUCCAGUGACAGCCCCUGGAAUAAUGGUGGGGGAACCCAGCAUUUCCCCUGCACUUCCUGCUUCGGAGGCGUCCUCUGAGAGAAGAACUGUUGUUCCAUCUAUUACUCGCGUUAAUACAGCUGCCUCAUAUGGCCUGGACCAACUUGAAUCUGAAGAGGGAGAAGAAGAUGAGGAUGAAGAGGACGAAGAAGAUGAAGAUGAAGAAGAGGAAGAUGAGGAAGAAGAUGAGGAAGAUAAAGAUGCAGACUCACUGGAUGAGGGCUUGGAUGCUGACACUGAGCUGCCAGGUUUUACCCUCCCUGGUAUCACAUCCCAGGAACCAGGCUUAGAGGAGGGAAACAUGGACCUGUUGGAGGGAGCUACCUACCAGGUGCCAGAUGCCCUCGAGUGGGAACAGCAGAAUCAAGGCCUGGUGAGAAGCUGGAUGGAAAAAUUAAAAGACAAGGCUGGUUACAUGUCUGGGAUGCUGGUGCCUGUAGGGGUUGGGAUAGCUGGAGCCUUGUUCAUCUUGGGAGCCCUCUACAGCGUUAAGGUUAUGAAUCGCCGAAGGAGAAAUGGCUUCAAAAGGCAUAAAAGAAAGCAGAGAGAAUUCAACAGCAUGCAAGAUCGAGUAAUGCUCUUAGCCGACAGCUCUGAAGAUGAAUUUUGAAUUGGACUGGGUUUUAAUUGGGAUAUUCAACGAUGCUACUAUUCUAAUUUUUAUUUUGGAGCAGAAAAAAAAAAAAAAAGAACAACCUGCCACAUUGCUGCUAUCAGGCCGUUAGUUCUAGUGUCUGCUGGGUGCUGGGUAGUAGAUUUUUCUUGUACUGAGCAGAAACGGCAUGUUGUAUACUAAACGUAUCAUGCAGUAUUUGGUUUUAUUCUGUAGUGAAUUUUCCACAACCGUGGGCUACAACUCAUAAAUAUCCAGCAUAUAUGUUUUUCAGUAGGAGUUGCUACAUUAGGCAGAGUAAAUAUUUUGUAGUUUUCCACAGUGUCUUUUCCUUGGUUUGAAUUACCUGCAUUGAGAAUAAUGAUUGUUGCCACCAAGGCAUGCUUGACUUUGAGAUAUAAAUCUUAACAAGGAAUAACUUCUCAAGAUAUACUCUACCUACUUGAAACCAUAGGCUUGUGGGCCAUGGUACAUACUGCAUUUGCAUCAAACUAGCAGUAACUCAGAAUGAAAUCAUUUUCAUUAAGAAGCUCUCUCAGCAUAUUAGGAUUAUAUGUAGAUUUGUAUGUAUUUUGGAUUAUGUGCUCCAGUCUCCUAGUUUUAUUAUUCUCACCUUCCAUUUUAUUCUUACUCUUGGCGAGGAAAAAAAUGCACUAGAAAUAAUACAUUAAACUGACUCUUAGUCUUAAUGUAUGUUUGCUGUCUUAAAUAGUGUGAUUGAGUCCAACAGAGUCAUACAUGUUUAUGACUAAGAGAUAUUCUUUUUGUGUACUAUUUGAUUUUGCCGAGAAAAAAUGAAGAAGAAUUCAAGAAUGAGAUGAGGGUAGGUAAGCUCUCAGAGCAUUUCUGUCUGCCAUUUGGUUCUAUGCUUACGUGGCUACUAAUGUGACUAAUGCAGAGUGUUGUAUUUCCACAUCUGUGGACUUCACCAUGGAAAAAGUGAGCUACCAUUGGUCCUUAUAUGGCUUUAUUAGAAAAACAGACAUUCUAUCGUUUGUCUGCCCAGUGGCCAGAGUCCUGGUGAACAACAGAGCUCAUGGGAAACCAGCCUCUCUCAGGGCACCCCGCUAUGAGGAUAUUGAAGUAUGUUCAAUCAUUUCUCAUCUCCCUUGGAAUGUAAUUCCCUGCCCUAUACAAAAUAGGAUAUUCCAAUGCGCUAUUUGAAUCUAGGGAUUGAGGAUUUGUAGUUGAGUUUUGGGGUAAAGGCUUGGCUCAUUGCCAUGGAAGAAUAAAAGUUAUUUAUUAA